CUACCCGCUUCCUCUGUUUCCCCGCGCAGACACGCUCUUCGCCGGUGUUGCUACCAUGGUCCGAGCUGGCUCGAAGGCCACCAAGAAGAAGUCUUUCGCUGAUCAUGUUUUUCAAUUGAUAUGUGAGGAUGAGCCAUCCUGCGUUGGAAACUACUCCCUGCGCGAGGUGAUCGGCAAAGGCUCCUAUGGCCUCGUCCGUCGGGCGGUCCACCAGCUCACCGGCCACAGUGUCGCGGUCAAGGUGCUAGAUAAGACGCAUGGCCGGCUGCUGGAGCAGGAGAUCGCCGUGUGGCGGUCCCUGCGGCAUCCGCACGUGGUCCAGCUCCUGGAGGUUCUGUCCAGUGAGAAGCGCAUCUACCUGGUCAUGGAGCAUGUCCCGGCCGGGGAGCUCUUCGAUUACCUUGUGGUCCGGGGCCGGUUGCACGAGUGCGAGGCCCGGUACCUGUUUGCGCAGCUGGUGUCCGCCGUGGCGCAUUGCCACCAUCGAGGCGUGGUGCAUCGGGACUUGAAGCCGGAAAACCUGCUCCUGGACGAGCAUAACGAUCUGAAGCUGGUGGACUUCGGCUUCACCAAGGUUGUCGAGCCAGGCCAGCUGCUGGACACCUACUGCGGCAGCAUUGCCUACGUAGCCCCGGAGGUCGUCGCUCGGGAGAAGUAUUGCGGCCAGUAUGCGGAUGUCUGGUCUCUGGGGGUCAUCCUGUUUGCGGCGCUCCAUGGGCGCCUGCCCUUCAGCGACUACUACACAACCGAGGCCAUGAUUCGGGACCGCAUCGCGCGGGUGGACUUCACCUUCGACGCGGACACGGCCACGGCCGCAGCAGCCGCCGAGGCAGCGACCAUCGCCGGCCGGCCGGGGCCAACCCCGCCCGGCCAAAGCCCCCCCCCGUCGGACACCGUGGCCGAGACAAUCGACCAGCCCCCGGCCCUGUCCUCGCAGUCGCCAUCACAAACGCACCCGCCCCCUGCCAAGCCCUAUACCCAGUAUCCGAGCCAUCCGCCGCCGGUGUCGCGCCUGGCCCAGGACCUGAUCCAGCGGAUCCUGGUGCGGAACCCGGCCCAGCGCCUCUCCCUGCGGGACAUCCUCGAGCAUCCCUGGCUGUCACUGGAGCGCCGCCGCCCGGGGAACUUCACCGACACCCCGUGCUCCUGCUUCACCGGGUCCUGCGACACCAUGCGAGCCGGGCCGGCGGGGGGGCCGGCACCUGUGCCCGGGGUCCCGGGGGCGCCCGGGCCCCCGGGUGGCGAGGAUUGCCACCGGCCAGACGUGGUGGCGGCCGGCUUCAGCCCCGUCAUGUCGGCGGAAUUUGGUGGCCCCGCCAGCACCAGCCCCACGGCCACCGAGUCGCCCGCCCAGCGGGACCCGAUCACCAUCACCACCGGCGGCCAGCCAUCGCCGCCGCUCGGCUCCGAGUCUUGCCUGGCGUCGGAAUCCGAGCCCGAGCCCGAGAGCCCGGUGUCCCCCUCGACCGGUGGUGGCGGUGGUGGUGGUGGUGGCGGCGGCGGCGGCGGCGGCGACGGCGGCCCGGUGCCUGGGGGCGGCUGUCCGGCGGGGGCCGACCCUGCCAUCGCCUCCCCGGGGCAUGUCCCCGGGUCGGGCUCGCGACCGCCGCUGGUCAGCUUCGAUCUGAUUCGCAUGCCGCUGGCGGAUGCCGACUUCCUGUCGCUCAUCACCUCGCCGAUAGACAGCAUGUUCCGGGCGGAGCCGGGGCCGGCCGAAGUGCGCCCGGGAGCCGCGCUCCCGCCCAUCCCGCUUCCCGGUGCUUCGCCGGUCACGCCGGCCGCCACACCGCCGGCCACGACCCCCGGGCAGCUGGAGUCCCCGCCGCCGGCGUCCCCGGCCUUUGCCGGGGCAAAUGCCGCCCCGGCCGAAGCCCGGCCGGCAGCCGGUGGCCCGGCCCCGUCCUUGCCUCUCGGUUCGCCGGUUGGGACUUUCUUUUCGGAGCUGGCGGCCGCGGCGGCGGCCGGCAGCGGCGCCCACCCGGGCAGCAGCUCCUCCCCCUCCGGCGGAGGGUCCGACUGCCCGCAGGCGCUUCUGGAGCAGCUGCCGGAAUUGGAGCGCGGCCUGCUGCUGUCGCUCAGUCAGCUGCUAAACUUCCAAACCCAGGCCCUGGUGAAGUCCAUCCGCGCGCACGAGUGCACCCCCCUGACGGCCCUCUUCUUCCUCCUGCGUGCUGGGCACCUUGAACGGGCGGCGGCUGUGGCCAUGGCAGCGGCUCCGCCACCGGCGGGGCGCUUGCUCCCGCCCGGGGUCCCGGCAGGGGCGGCCGCCCCGCCGAUGGCCGCCACCGGCCAGGCGCCCGGCCUGGUCAUGGGUCUGGGGCCCGGCUCGAGGCAGCCCUCUGAGGGGCCCGGCCAGCGCCUGGUGCCUCCUUUCCCCUCCUCUCCGGGGGUGCCCCUGGUGGCGGACAGCAACCUGCCGGGCUGUGCCAUGCCAGCCAGUGGCUUGGCCCACGCCGGGAGCAUGCCAUCCCCCCGGUCACCGGUCAGUGGUGGGUCAAGCCCCGGGGCAACGGGCAGCCCGAGCGGCGGCGGCGGCGGCGGCGGCGGCGGCGGCGGCGGCGGUGGGGGCCUGGCCGGCGCCACCCCCGGGGCCCUGCUCAUGCCGGCGCCGCAGCCGCAGUCGCAGUCGCAACCACAGCCGUCGCAGCCGGUCGGCCCAUCGGGCAUGGCAACCGGGGGGCGACGCUUCUCCAACAGUAGCCGGCCGCGCUUCGGGCCGGCUGGGCCAGCCGGCCCGACUGCCGGGCCAGCUCCCCCGGGGCCGGUUCUACUUGGCCCAAGUGGCACAGGGGCUCCCCCGGUUGGCCCGAGCGCAUUGCUCAGCGUGUCGCCCCUGCCCCCGGUGUCGCCCUUGCCGGCGACCGGCAAUGUGAACGCCACGGCGACCGGCCCGGGGUCCGGUCUGUCUCCACUGCCCGCAGGGGUGGGCAACUUGCUUGGUGGCUGGCCGGCGCCACAUCCCGGCAUGCCGCCGAUGAUGCCGCGCCGGCGCCGGAGUCUGCCGGUGCAUUUGGAACGCUCGGCGCCGGCCUACGGACCCGGGGGCUUCGGGCCCGCGAGCCUGACAGGAGUAGUGCCGGGUGGCUCUGGUCCGGGUGCCGGCGCACCGGGUGGCCCUGGUGGCGGCGGCAGCGGCGGCGGCGGCGGCAACGGCGGCGGCGGCGGCAGCAGCGGCGGCAGCGGCAGUGGCAGCGGCGGCGGCGGUGGUGGUGGCUCCCAAAUGGCCGGCCCGCCUAAUGCCUUCUUCACUUCCGGCUAUAGUUCCAUCCUCGGGGGGUCCUUCACGUCAUUGAACGGGGCAUCUGGUGCCGGGGGCCCGGGCGGCGGCGUGGUCGGGCCCGGAGGCGGUCCUGCCGGGGCCAUGCGCCGGUCACCCAGCCCGAUGUCCAUGUCCCUGGUUGGUCCUGGAGGUCUGACUGCUGUGGGCCCGGCAGCCCCCUCGCCCGGGGGUGGGGUCGGCGGCGGGCCGCUGAUCGAUGCCUCGGGCGGUGCUGGCGGCGGGCCCGGUGGCCUGCUUUCCGCUUCGUUGUCCCUCUCGCGAUUGGAGUCCCUCUCGGAGGAGGAUUCCUGCCCGGGCUCCGGGGUGAGCAGCGCCGGCGGCACGACCCCGGUGGCUGGGGCCGGGCUGGCUGGCACAUCGCGCGGGUCCAGCCGCGGCAGUGGCAUGCCCUUUGCCGCGAAUGCCCUGGCGGCCUCCCCGGGCCUCGGGGGCGGGGAGUCUUUCGUCGGGUUACGGCGUUUCUCGGUGCCGACGGCCACGGCGGCCGCCGCGGCUGUCGGCCACUACUCCCGCGCCGCGGCCGGAACCAUUUCCGUUCAAGUGGCCGGCUAUGGCCCGGGAGUGGAUGGCGCCCUCGCCGGGGUCCCGGGAACUGGCGGCAUCGCCAUUCCACCCUCCCCAGCGGCUGGGCGACACUAUGUCCCGACGCCGGUGGCCUCGAUCCCGGAAGACGCCGGUUCCGGCAGCACCUCGCCAUCGCAAUAG